AUGAAGGGAGGGGAAUUGAGAGGGCAAUGGUGGGUGGCGAACCAGGAUCCUCUCGGGCAUGGAGUGCUUGAAAUGCUGGUUGGCAGUUUGUGCAAUGGCCUCCCACAGUUCGUCGACCUGCUUCUUGGCAUCUACGGCGUCAAAUGGCUGGCGUGGCUUAUCAUCGCGGCCAUCGCCAUCUUAAUCAUUUUCUCCGCCACCGUGGGCAUCGUGUUCGGCAUCCUUCACCAGACGCCGCAGCACAUCAUGCUCACCGGCUCCAUGCUCUGUCUCGUCCUCGUCCUCAUCGUCCAGUGGCGGUUCUACGCCAAGGGCGACCAGGAUCCUAAGCUCUUUUGGGUCCUCCUGGGCUCGACCCUCGUGGUGGUGCUCAUGUGCGUCACCAUCAACGCCUACGUGUGGCCGCCCCUUCCCGCCGACCCCAAUGGCCUCUACAACACGCAGACGAAGUUGUGCGUGCUGUCGGGUGUGGCAAACUGCUACGCCACGGGCCAGUGCCCGCAGGUGACGUCCCUCGAGCAGCCCGUGGCGCAGUGCUGCAACUGCACCUGCGGCGCCACCCCAAUGGGACUCGACGCCUUCGGGCGAGCCCUGUGA